UGGUAUUUCCCCCCGAACCCGUGUACUAGGUACUUCUCUCGAUUUGGAAAACGUUUCUUCAGGGUUCCUGAUGCAACCCAAUGUGUGUGCGUCGGUAUAUUUAGUCCGUGUACGAGAGUUUUGUUUACAAAAUGGAUGAUUUCAAACCCUGCAACCUGGACUACUUCCCCGAGAACGUUUUAAUUGAUAUUUUGUCGUAUCUAGGCGUACGCGAGCUUGUCCGAGCUGGAAGGGUGUGUAAGAGAUGGAGACGUCUUGUAAAAGACCAAAGACUGUGGAGACUUGUUGAUCUCACUGCGUGGAAAGGGGUGACAUCCCGCAUACUUUGGGUUCUGCUGCGCCAGUUCCUGGGUUGUGGGCUACGGUGCCUGCGGUUGCGCGGUUUGUUGCUCUCUGCCCGAGGGGGAGUCUUCCUGUCUGAAUCAUGGCUCAAAGCUUUGUCUGCCAAGUGCCCACGUCUGCGCAAACUCUAUUUGCUGCACGCUGAUCUGCGAGGCCUUCCCAGUUGCCAGCUUCUGCCCCCAACCCUGCAAGUGCUAGAGUUACGCGGCUGUGAGCUUCCCCCUGACUUUUUCAACCAGAGCCUCCUGAGUGAACCUGCUGGUCUUGAGGAAAAUGGAGGAAAUGCAUCAAAUGUUGUUCCUCAGCAACAAGGACGGGGCUGGGCAGGAAAAGGUCUUGUCUCCCCUUCAGGGAUUGCUAUUGAGAGGUUAGUUCUCAACAAUGUGCCCUCUUUCACAGACCUGCACCUACAGAGCCUGGCAUCAUGGGAGAGGCUCAACCGUUUGGAGUUGCGUGACACCUUUCGUGUGACUGCUAGUGGCCUGAGAAGCUGUGCUGCCAGGGACACCGGUUCUGGUGUUGAGGGGCUUUCUAGGCUCAAGUUUCUGGAAAUUGGUAUCACUGGGCGACAAGGCUACCAGUUACAGAUGGCCUCCCUGGGCCUAGGUGCCGGAUGGCUUGGGCUGCAGGAGCUGAGUCUGGGUGGCAAGGAGGUGGGCCCAGGCCUGCUGUGUGCGAGCCGUCUAAAGGACCUUCAGUGUCUGUGUCUGUGGAACUGCACACUCAGUGAAAUGCAAGUCCUGCGAAGUUGUAGGGUACUCCGUGAGUUGCGCAAGCUAGAAUUUUCUGAGGUGUUUUUUCAACCUCGACAGUGUCCACCAGAGGUACAGGGGGAGGGUGCAAGUGAGGAGGAGCGGGACAAUGGGGAAGCCGAAGGUAGCAGUGGUGGUGAUGAUGAUGGCAACAAGAAACUGGAUGUGAACGACCCCAUUCCAAGCCUUCGUCGCUCACUUACCACCCUGCUGCCACGCUGCAUGCUUGUGUUCACCAACUGUUCUGUGCAAAUAAAUUCAGACUAAAUUAAGAAAUGGCUUGAGGACUGUUUUAAUAAUAUCCUAGUUGGUAAAGUAAGUAGAAAUACUCUCAUUGUUAGUAGUAUUAACAGUUGUGUAAAUGUAUUAUUUCUAUCAAAAUGUAUUGUUAUUCUGAUUCUGAAAUUGUUCUCAUUAGCUUUUUAGCACACUUUUAAACUCAGUUCUUUUGAUUUUGACUGAUGAAAGGAAAUGCUGCUGUUAGGCUGUUAUCACACAAGCUAGUUAGCUUCAAAUGCAGAGCACUGAAGUACAGAGCCACCUGUUUCCUGUUCCUCCAUUUUUCUUCAAAUUAUCCAAUCACAAAAGUUUCUGUUAAAUGCAGGUGUUAGAUUAUGAUUUUGUUGUAAAAUAAGGCAAAAAAGAUCACUGUAUAUUAACACUUAAUUUAAUCUCAUCUAAUCCUACUAUGUACUCAUGCUAUAUUGCCAUCCCACCCCAUUUUAUGUGCCUGCUUCAUUUUAGAUAUGGACCAGUUUUAAUGUAUCCAAAAGAAGAGACGAGUUCUUUUUAAAUGUCUGUUUGAAUGAAGAAACUACAUUAGGUGGUCAUCAGUGAGUUCUACAUUCUUAGUUGGUUUAAAUUUUUAAUUUUUUAUAUUGGGCUAUAAUAAUAUUGAUUUGACUUGGUUGCAAAGAAAUUGCAUGAAAGAUGUAUACUUGAAUUGUGUUGUACUUAAGCACAGUGACAUUUUUGGGACGUUUUCAAAAGCUAAUUUUCUAUUUUGAAUAAAGCAAUCCUACA